AUGCGACAUGCAGCCGGGUCUUCAGCCUCAUCACAUCUCAAGCUCAACUUCUCAUUAUCAACUUUCUUAACCAUUGGUCCUGUACUUUCGCUCCCGCCCUGGCUCUUGCUCUGCCUCUCGCGUUCGCACUUUGAAAACCUGGAGAGAUCUGAGUCUAGUAUCAAGCCCUUCAACGUGGUUUCCAAGACUCGAUACCCUACUUCGCCUCGACGGAUCGACGCCACGCCCAUCUCGCAACCUCGUGGCACUGAUUCACUUCCCGAGCACGAGGACAAAGUCUUCCGCUCUCAGGUAAUCUCUACAGUCUCGGAUUCCGACGAGCCCGCGGCCUAUUCGGCCUUUACCACCUCUUCCGGAUACCGCCUCUCUGUCACUCACCCCUCCACCAUGUUAUCGGAAGAAUUCUACUCCUGUAUCUGCGGCCCGCCUAUUGCGGCAAACACGGCCGUAUCCAAAGAUAUCGGCAUCUACGCCCAUACUCUUAGCCCCAGCUACACGGUCAAGUCAACUCUCAAGAGAAGUGCUACCCCAGCCCACUGCUUAGCUAUCAGUGACUCGCAUGUCUUUGCCGCCCAGCACGAAAAGUCCCAGGUUCACGUCUACUCAAGAUCGCGGGGCAUCCAAGAAACAGUCGUUACCUUUCCAGAACGCAUUCGGAGCUUGGCGUUGAUUGACGAUGUCUUGGCGUUAGGCACCUCCGAGGGCAGGUUGAUCCUGUGGGAGACAUGCACUGGUCGCCAGCUGGUCACACCACCUUGCCACGUCCAAGCCGUUUCGUGUCUGGCCGUCACGCCCUAUCACAUCCUUACAGGCUCCGAAGAUUCCAACAUUCAUGUUUGGACAAUCUCCCGUCUGCUAGAGCUAGAUGCUUCUGUGGAGAGUGAGCCGGACCGUACGCUCGCCAACCACAGGGCUGCCAUCACAUCGCUCGCUGUCAGUGGUAGUGUCAACCCGGAAACCAACAUUUGCGUCUCGUCCAGCAAAGACAAGACUUGCAUCAUCUGGAACUAUCAAACGGGCGAUGUUCUACGUACACUAUUGUUCUCCACGGCUCCGCUGUGCGUUUCCAUGGAUCCCUGCGGUCGUGCCGUCUUCGUUUCAUCUGAGGACAGGGCUCUCUACCUCGUAGAGCUCUUCGGUGAGAAGCCGCUCAUUGGUCCGAAUAGCACUGAAUCAUCGUCGACUGUCGUUCAAGUCAAUUCACCGAUUGGAGUUGCUGAUGAAGAUGCUGGUUCGGCUUUGUGCUUGGCACCAAACCAUGAUGGCACAACAAUCUUAUCCGGUCAUGCAAAAGGCAAAAUCUUGCAAUGGCAGCUGGCCGAAAACGGUCACCCCACAGAGUUGACAGACCUCAAUGCCUCUGUGACGAACUUGGUGUUUCCGCCAUUGCUGAAAACACCUCGACCCACAAAAGCUGUUGCAGUUGUCAAGCCCACUCAGACCGAGCGGCAAUUCACCUUUACAUCUCAACUAAACACAAGUCUCGAACAAGAGACGAGAUUCGGCAAGAUGCUCAAUGGCUUUGGUUUGCCUGAUGAUGCGCUCGAGGCCGCCAUUCUUUCGUUCCAGGAGUCUCAUGCACAACAAUGUGCCACGGAUGAAGAGGCUCAGCAAGAGACUGAAGAGUUGUGGGAUAUUAUUAACGAGCAACGGGCGCUACACAAGCUGGCUAUGCAGCCGUAUCACGAAGCCAAAUCAUCUCAUACCUGA